UGGAAAAUGGGUAGCCUAGGUAGCUAGCCUAAAUGACCUACCUAGCUGUUAGUCUGUGGAAAAACGAGGAGUGGUAACUUCAUGGACACAAUCUACCAGAGCCUUCUAUAGCCUAACCUGUCCUAAUCUAGUCAAUAAGCCUAAUACAAAAAUGGAAUCACAAGAAAAAGUAGAGGGAGAUACAGACUCUCAAGAGGUUACUGCAAGAGGAGGCUUUGAAGAGGACGAGCGAUUGAGUGACUUUGGUUCCCCAAAAAGAGGUCCAACAUUAUCAACUAGCACCAGUAGCUUUGAAGCUCUUGAUCCCCACGAUCCCAAUCUCAGCCAUUUGGCAACUUUGAUGUUUUCUCACACAUCAAAUUAUUUACAGGGUGAAUUAUCAGCAGUUUUAGAAGAUUAUACUUUGCUGGAGCAGAUGAACCGUUCCACCAUCACUAAAUAUGGAGACAUGCGUCAAAUUGGAGGCAGCGUUAGUCGAGCACUGAAAGAUCUCAAUGAAAAAUAUGUUGCUCUUCAACCAUAUCUUGACCAAAUUGACCAGAUUGAUGACAGUGUGACAAAAUUAGAAGCAGCAGCAUAUAAACUUGAUGCUUAUUCUAAGAGGUUAGAGGCAAAAUUUAAAAGUUUAGAGAAAAAGUAAUUUAAACUUAUACUUUUUCAAUAUUUUAGGUUGAAAUGACCAAACCCUCUUAUGAAAUUACUAGGCAUUGUUUUGAAGCCAAAGAUUAUAAGGACAGUAGUUAUUCCAAGUACACUUCAGUAUAUUUUGAAAUAUUUACAUAGAUCAUUUUUAUAAUACUUAAACUCUACUUCAGUAUUGACCCUUUCUAGCAUUUAUCUGAAGAUCAAACACAUUGCUUGCAGAAUAUUUUUUUUGUACCGUAAUUUUUGGAAAGUCUGUAUUUUCUGCAAUGGAAGUACUUGGUGAAUGAAUUUUUUUUAGAACCUGAAAUUGUUACAAACCCUAAAGUUUUGUUAGAAAUACUUAAAAACUGGGUCAUUACACUCACAAUUAUGUUUUCUGUACUUUUAUUUAUUUUGGACUUAAGUGGAACCAAUGACUUGUGUAGUGUAAGCAUUAUUUUUUAGCUAUACAUUGUUUCCUUCCUGUCAAACUGUUUGUGAAAUAGUUCUAGUAUUUAAUUUGUAGGUGGCUGCCACUUUGUUUAGUGAUCCUGAAACUUCAGGUAUUGUGUACUUUGAUCAUAACUGAUAUUCCAGGACUUAAUAAAAAAAAAACAAGAAUACCUCUUUUAUAUAAUAAUUCCACAUUUAUAGGAAUAUAGUAUAAAUGAAAAAUUGAAAAGCUUUUUGAUAAUCACAAGUUGAUAGGGAUGUUAUAUCACAAUUCUCAGUAUUUUUGGUGACGAAUGGGAAUAUUUUCACGAGGAAUAUCAGUUUUUGCCAAAUAUAAAUUUUUACCAUAGUUUUAAAGUCA